GCCACUGACAGAAAACACCUGGGCUGCGUCCCUGGCCUUAGGCCGCUGAUGUCAGGGAUGCGAGGGAGCCCUACAGCUACUUCCCAUCGCCCUCCCACACAACGCGGGAUGCCAGCCCGAGGCGGCCCCCAUCACCGCCUGGGGCACCUCGAUUCCUGUCACCACCCCAGGCCCUCUGUCCUGCGUGCCCCGGGCCGAGUGUACGCCCUACUGAGGCAUCAUUUGCGUCUGCAGAAACCAGAACCAGCUGACAUGUGUGAGGCAUUAAGCCCCUUGCUGCUUGUGGCCACGGUGGGGCACUGUGAAGCCCCUGGGGGGAAGUUUUUUUUAAAGAGGUGGCUUUUUUGUGCAAGGGAAGCUGGCUGGAAAAUUCAGGGGAGGGAUGGAACUUGAGAAAAACAGCCACGAACUCCCAAGCCUCGUGAUCUGGGAGCAGGGUGACCGCGAGGCAGGUUCCAGCCGCACUCAGCACCCUUCCGGCACAGGGUUGUCCUCUCGUGCACGGGCCAGAGCAGCGACAGAAGCGCAACAGGGCCCCUGCAAACUGUCAUGUGGACCAGCUGGUGGCUCUGGCCCCUGGUGGCCAUCUGCACUGCAGACCAGUUCCGGGAAGAGGCGGAAAGGAUUAUGCAGGGCACACCUGUCAUUGAUGGGCACAAUGACCUGCCCUGGCAGCUGCUGACCAGUUUCAACAACCAGCUGCGGGACGCGAGGGCCAACCUGACCAGCCUGGCCCACACGCACACCAACAUCCCCAAGCUGAAGGCCGGGCUUGUCGGGGGCCAGUUCUGGUCUGCGUACACACCCUGCGACACCCAGAACAAAGAUGCCGUGAAGAGGACGCUGGAGCAGAUCGACGUCAUCCACCGCAUGUGCCAGAUGUACCCUGAGACCUUCCUGUGUGUCACCAGCAGCGAAGGCAUCCGACAGGCCUUCCAGGAGGGCAAGGUGGCCAGUCUGGUCGGCGUGGAGGGCGGCCACUCCAUCGACAGCAGCCUGGGCGUCCUGCGGGCGCUCUACCACCUGGGCAUGCGGUAUCUGACCCUCACACACAGCUGCAACACACCCUGGGCCGACAACUGGCUGGUAGACACGGGGGAAGAUAAGGCCCAGAGCCAAGGCCUGUCGUCCUUUGGGCAGAGCGUGGUGAAGGAGAUGAACCGGCUGGGCGUCAUCAUCGACUUGGCCCACGUGUCCGUGGCCACCAUGAAAGCCGCCCUGCAGCUGUCCAAGGCCCCCGUCAUCUUCAGCCACUCCUCGGCCUACAGGCUGUGUGGGCACCGGCGCAACGUGCCAGACGACGUGCUUGAGCUGGUGAACCAGACGGGCAGCCUGGUGAUGGUGAACUUCUACAAUGACUACGUGUCCUGCAGAGCAGAGGCCAACCUGUCCCAAGUGGCAGACCACCUGGACUACAUCAAGAAGGUGGCAGGAGCCGGAGCGGUGGGCUUUGGUGGGGACUACGAUGGCGUCUCAAGGCUCCCCACAGGGCUUGAGGACGUGUCCAAGUACCCGGACCUGAUUGCCGAGCUGCUCAGGAGGCAGUGGACGGAGGAGGAGGUCAAGGGCGCCCUGGCUGAAAAUCUGCUGAGGGUCUUUGAGGCCGUGGAGCAGGUGAGGAGCUGCCUCCUGCGCCCAGCCCCUCCCCACGCAGGAGACAGGCCGGGGACGACCUGUGUCUGUCCCCAGGCAAGUGAUCACACACAAACACCCGAGGAAGAGCCCAUCCCACUGGACAAGCUGGAGGCUUCCUGCAGGACUACGUACGGCUACUCCGGGGCCCCCAGCCUCCACCGCCCACCGGGAACUCUGCUGGCCUCCCUCGUGCCCCUCCUCUUCAGCCUGUGUCUUCUGUGACACCCUGGGGACC